UUCAGUGGGGCUGUAGGAUAUUUUAGGCUUGCAGUACAAGGGAACAGCAGGUGGCGUAGCAGUUAAGGACGUGGACUUCUCCCCUCGAGGCUGCCCGUUGACGUGUCUCUGCAGCCCCCGCCGUAGCGCCGAGUUUUCGGCCCUGAACGAAGGAGCGAUGGAGGGAAACGUGCUGUAGGACGGGCAGAGAGGAAAAUCGGCGCUGACACCUUGCCCUCAUCUAUAGGGAAACGCACAUGAUGAAAUUGGCUGAAAGGAGGAACAUGUGGGGAAACGGGUGGCACGGCGCAGGAAGCGCAGCGGUUAAGGACACGGGUUUGCGUGAAGGAGCAGACGUGGACGGAGGGGUUCAGGUUGGAGUCCGCAGAGAGGCCCUGCUCUUGUACGCUGGAGUGAGGUGAAGCCCUGAUGCCCUUAACCAGAUGAGUGACUCACCAUGGGCCUGAAGGCCAGGCAGCGCUGGUGAGGAGACGGCGACAAGGCGGACGAGCUCAACGAAUUGCCAUCGCCCGGCGCCAUGAAACGCCACCCUGCUUCCUGAGAUUCCCGGACCGCUUCCUGUGCCACACCUGCACGCACACGCGUCCCCCUCUAUCACGCACGCGCCAUGGGCUCCGUGUUUCUGUGGAAGCUGUCCUCCCAGAAGCUGGGCUUCUUCCUGGUGAGCUUCGGCUUCAUCUGGGGCAUGAUGCUGCUGCACUUCACCAUACAGCAGCGGGCCCAACACGAGAGUAGCGCCGCCCUGCGGCAGCAGAUCCUCGAGCUCAGCAAGCGCUACGUCAAGGCCUUGGCCGAGGAGAACCACAGCGUGAUGGACGGACCCUACGUGGGCACCAUGACCGCAUACGACUUGAAGAAGACUCUGGCCGUGCUCCUGGACAACAUCCUGCUGCGUCUGGGGAAGCUGGAGGCCAAGGUGGACUUGGCCAUCUACAACAACACGGGUGGCAACCUCACCAACGGCACGGGCGGUGGCGCCUCGGCAGUCAACGCGGCCAACGGUGACAAGGUGAACAUGGCAGAUCUCCUGAACGGGGCCCAGGAGAAGUGUGAGCUGCCAUCGCUGGAUGGGUUCCCCCACUGUGAGGGCAAGAUGAAGUGGAUGAAGGAGAUGUGGCGGUCGGAUGCCUGCUACGGCAACUACGGUGUGGAUGGUUCCACCUGCUCUUUCUUUAUCUACCUGAGCGAGGUGGAGAACUGGUGCCCUCAUCUUCCCUGGAGGGUGAAGCGCUUCGACAAGGAGGCCGACGGGAAAGCCCAGAUGGAGAUCCGUACCAGCUUCGACGGCCUGUACCGCCUCAUGUCCCGACGGGAGGAGUUUCGGUGGAUGAUGAUGCGGAUCCAGCGAAUGGCGGACCCGUGGGUCAGCGCCAUCCGCUCCCUGGCCCGGAAGCAGGACCUCACAAAGCGCAAGCGCAGAAAGAUCCUGGUGCACCUGGGCCUGCUGACCAAGGAGUCUGGCUUCAAGAUUGCGGAGAACGCAUUCAGCGGAGGCCCGCUGGGGGAGCUGGUGCAGUGGAGCGAUCUCAUCACCACCCUCUACCUGCUGGGCCAUGACCUCCGCAUCUCCGCCUCGCUGGCCGAGCUCAAAGAGAUCAUGAGGAAAGUGAUGGGGAACAAGUCCAGCUGCCCCACCCAGGGGGACAAGGUGGUGGAGCUCAUCUACAUUGACAUUGUGGGCCUCACCCAGUUCAAGAAGACCCUCGGACCUGCAUGGGUCCACUAUCAGUGCAUGCUGCGCGUGCUGGACUCCUUCGGCACCGAACCCGAGUUCAACCACGCCCAGUACGCCCAGUCGAAGGGUCACAAAACCCCGUGGGGCAAAUGGAACCUCAACCCUCAGCAGUUCAACACCAUGUUCCCUCACACUCCGGACAACACCUUCCUGGGCUUCGUGGUGGAGCAGCACCUGAAUGCCAGCGACGUCCAUCACAUCGACGAGAUCAAGAGGCAGAACCAGUCCCUGGUCUACGGCAAGGUGGACAACUUCUGGAAGGACAAGAGGAUGUACCUGGACAUCAUCCACAGCUACAUGGAGGUGCACGGCACAGUCCACGGCACCAGCACGGUCCACCUGCCCCCUUACGUGAAGAACCACGGCAUCCUGAGCGGGCGUGACCUGCAGUUCCUGCUCAGGGAGACUAAGCUGUUUGUGGGCCUGUCGUUCCCGUACGAGGGCCCUGCCCCCCUGGAAGCCAUCGCCAACGGCUGCGCCUUCCUCAACCCCCGGUUCAGUCCCCCAAAGAGCAGCAAGAACACGGACUUCUUCAAAGGGAAGCCCACAUUGCGGGAGCUGACCUCGCAGCACCCCUACGCCGAGGUGUACAUCGGGAAGCCCCACGUAUGGACAGUGGACAUCGAGAACCCGGUCGAGGUGGAGAGUGCCGUCAAGUCCAUCCUCAACCAGAAGAUCGAGCCCUACCUGCCCUACGAGUUUACCUGUGAGGGGAUGCUCCAGAGAGUCAAUGCCUUCAUCGAGAAGCAGGACUUCUGCCAUGGUCAGGUGAUGUGGCCUCCACUGAGCGCGCUCCAGGUGAAGAUUGCCGAACCGGGGCAGUCUUGCAAGCAGGUGUGUCAGGAGGAGCAGCUCAUCUGUGAGCCAUCCUUCUUCCAGCACCUCAACAAGGAUAAGGACCUGGCCAGGUUCGGGGUCGAGUGCCAGACGGUGGAGUCCUCCAGCGACACGGUGGUGCCGGCCUUCAGCAAGGAACAGCGGCACUGCGUCUUCCAGGCGGACCUCCUGCUGUUCAGCUGCGCCGGCGCCCACCCCUCGCUCAAGCGCAUCUGCCCCUGUCGGGACUACAUGAAGGGCCAGGUGGCGCUCUGCAAAGACUGCCUAUAGUCCCCAGUGAGACCAGAGACACACGUAGCGGACUCACGAAAACCACCUGCAACUCUGGCCCUCAAACAACGCGGCAGGAUGGCGAUUUAUUUCAAAUCGUUUGGAUCGGACGUCCAGGCGAGCGGUGGAAACGGGUUGCUGCUGGACAGUGACGAACGAGUUCUGGGAAAUACUACACUGUACAGCAGCGUUCCAGCAAACCACGUCUCUGAUGGAGAUCUGGGCGAAAAGGACUCAAUUUGGCCUGACAUACUUGAAUUGAAGAGACAUUUGCGAUGGGAAAAGAGGCAUGUCUGGAACCCAUACUACCCCCUAGCUGCCUAGCAGUGCUGCUACGGGUGCAGUCCUUUUUUCUCCCUCUAUUUUUUGGGCCCUCCGUGUCUCAGAUGUCUCUGUUACACCACGGGACCAGUCGCUGAACAGGAGCAAACCGAGCGCACGGACAGAUUUGCUGCGCUCCCUGAAUGUUCGUAGCCUCUGUAGGUUUCUGUCGGCGCCUUGCCGAGGUUGCGGGAAGCACCCCGGUUCCUCAAAAAAGAAGGGCAACGGGUGCGAGCGCACCCUCACCCAGUUAUUACACUGUACACACGCAGCCGUCUGUAGCCAGCCGCCGAUACGGGAGGAAGACGAGAUCGAUGCAGAGUUUUUGUCUGGAAAACCAUGCAGACAGGCUGUCACUUCUGCACAGAAACGGCUCCGGUGUCGUGACCAUUGCACCUCGAUAAUCUGCAUGGUAUUUCUGCUUUGCAACUUUAACAUUUCAUUGGUCGGCAAGGGCAUUUUUUUUUUUUUUUUGCUAGUCAUCUACGUAAUUAUGAAAAAGUUUUUAAAAAAAA